UCAUCUGGAUCCGUUCGGACGCUAGUUAAAUACCAUCUGCUGUAUUUAAGGUAGUUCUGCAAGCAGCCACCCGGUGCGCUCCAUGCGCGAUUCCAUUCAAGAUGGCGGCACACUUAAUUGCUAAGAUCGCAAGUUUGGGAACGCCCAAUGAACACACGCUUGCUCGGUAGGUACUCGAGAAUACAUAUGAAAACACAUUCAGGAAGUGCACCGUGAGACUGAGUCCAAGUGUUUUUUGUUUGAGUUCUUUCAGCGACUCUCAGACUUUAAAAACUCCCUGUGCGUAAAUUAAAAGUUUUAUAUGUCCGUUUUGUUUUCAUUUUAUGGAAUGAUUUCGCUUUCUCGGAAUGCGUUUUGUUGCUAUCAUCGAUGAGAGAGAACAUUUGAGCUUAAAAUCUUGGCCAAGACCUCGGUGUGGCUAUUGCGAUAGCUCUGUCUUCUUCAGUUCAUUCAAAACCCGCGACAAUGUCACUGACCGGCGACAAAGCAGCGACUAACCGGGCGUUGGUGACUUUGAGCGACAUCCAGGACGCCCACGAACGCAUCAAGCCCUUCGUGCACCGGACGCCCCUCCUGACCUCGGGCACUCUGGACGCCCUCGCGACUCGAGCAGUGGGCGCCCCGCACAUCCGCGUUCGCCUGGCGUUCAAGAGCGAGCACCUCCAGCGCGUGGGCGCCUUCAAGAUGCGCGGCGCGACGAACGCGGUGCGGACCCACCUGGCCGGCGCCGCCGCCUCCGGGACCCUCUGGGCGGUGACGCACUCGAGCGGGAACCACGCGGCGGCCGUGGCCUCGGCCGCCCGGGCCGUGGGCGCCCGCGCCGCCGUCGUCAUGCCCCGCACCGCGCCCCCCAUCAAGAAGGCCGCCGUCGCCGACUACGGGGCGCGCAUCGUCGACUGCGAGCCCACGCAGGCCGCGCGCGAGGCCGCCGCCGACCGCCUCAUCCAGGAGCUCCAAGCCCAAGGCCACGUCGUCAAGUUCGUCCACCCCUACGACGAUGAUCUCGUCAUCGCCGGACAGGGCACGCUCGGACUGGAAAUGCUCGAGCAGGCGGUGACCUUGGGAGCGAGAGGCGACGACGAGCCGGUGCUGGACAUGGUCGUGGCGCCGGUGGGCGGGGGCGGCAUGCUGUCGGGCGUGUCGGCGGCGGUCAAAGGCGUGGACCCGCGGAUAUUGGUCAUCGGGGCGGAGCCUGAGAUGGCGGACGAUGCGGCGCGGUCUUUCGAGAGCGGCGUGCUCCAGCCGGCUGUGACGCCCCCGAGGACGAUCUGCGACGGUCUCUUGACGGCCCUGUCGCCGCUGACGCUGGCCCAUCUGCAGGCGCACGUCGGCGACGUGUUGACGGCGAGCGAGGGGGAGAUCCUGGCGGCGACGCGUCUCGUCUGGGAGCGGAUGAAGCAGCUCAUCGAGCCGAGUGCGGCCGUGGGUCUCGCCGUGGUUUUGAACAGCCCGCGCUUUGCUCAACAUGUGCGCCGGGUUGCGGAACUCCGAGGGGACGGCGUUGUUGAAGUGCGGGUUGGAGUCGUUUGGACGGGUGGCAAUGUGGAGCUGGCUUCCGUUGUAGAGGCUAUGAACAACUAAUGGCAGAAGCCUCUCAAGGGAGCUCAGGAAGUUUAAUUUCUACAAUGAGGUUUCAUGAUGGAAAAUUCGUGGUUUGGUUGUGGGGCUAAGAAUCAAAUUGCCGCAUAUCUAUUCAACGGAACUAAGCGCCAAAUUGAGUUCCUUUUGAGGAUUUUAGAAUCCCGCAUAGCGCGUUCUAUCAACUGGAACUAAGCGCCAUGGACAAGGAUUGCGAGUAUAGGACGGAACGAGCAUCGCGUUCCUCAACACCCGUCAAUCCAAGCCCCAUUCUCCCUUCCUCCCCCUAUGGCGCUUAGUUCCGUUUGAUAGAAUUACGUCCAAUUUCAUAUUCGUUCCACACAGCGCCUUGCCCUAGGAAGCCCUUUGUGCUUCGUGGUUGUUGCUUCACAUGGUGAUCAUGAGAAAUUGGAGGAAACUCUGAGCGUAUCUUCAUAAAAAGACCAUGAUCACCAUCUAGACAAAAAAUUUCACAGUGUACUUUUAGAAAAAUACCCUCGCGAGUGAUAAUUCCGAUUUGCCUCCAAAAAAAAUCAAAAUACAGAAGGAAAUUUUUGCCGGUUCGGAAAUUCUAAGGCAGGCUCUUGACAUUUGCCAAACUCGUAGAAUUUUCUAUUUCGUAUUUUUCUAUAUGUUGCAGUGGCAAAUCAUUCUAAUCUCUCGUAAGGGUCUUUUUCUAUAGUUUUACUGUUGAACUUUACUCGAGAUGCGUAGAAAUUGUUCAUUUUAUGCUGAUAUGUAAUAUGUUAAGCAGGAUCUUCUUAAACCUCCCAUAAUCACUAUCUUAACCAUCUGGGGCCUUCUAAGAUAAGGAACUGCUAAAGGAACGGCAAUGGAUAUUGAAUACGACCAUAAGUUAGAAAUUUAAGAAUGAAAAGCUGAGCUCACCAGACAAACAUUUAUAAGUAUUGUGUAAGAAUUUUAUACUUAAUAUUUUUAAUACACAGAAAUAAAAUUAAUUACGUGAGACACCCAAA